AUGUCAUCCUUACGACAAUCCAAUUGUUUAGAUAUUUUGGCAGCUGGUGCCGCAUCGCCACACAUUUCAAGAGGGAGAAAGAAGAUCAAAGCUUCAGGGAAGAUUCUAAGCAAUAAAACUUUGAAAAGCUCUAGAAAUAGCAGCUCAAAUUUUGCUGGAAGUACUGAUGUGAUCAUCGUAGGCGCUGGCGUUGCUGGUUCAGCUCUUGCUUAUGCUCUGGCAAAGGAUGGAUGGCGCGUGCAUGUUAUUGAAAGAGACUUGACUGAGCCCGAUAGAAUUGUUGGUGAGCUUCUGCACGCCGGGGGUUGCAUUAAAUUGGCCGAGUUAGGUCUUGAAGACUGUCUAGAUGGGAUUGAUUCUCAGACCGUCUCGAGUUUCACCGCUGUUCACAAGGGUGGGAAAAGAACUGCAAUUUCAUAUCCCUCGACUGUGAGUGGCAGAGGCUUUCACAAUGGCCGCUUCAUUCAGAAAAUGCGCGAAAAAGCUGCGUCUCUAUCCAAGUAUUCGCGCUUUCCCCUAAAUCCUAUAGGAACAAAUGUUAAACUUGAACAAGGAACUGUAACAUCUCUAGUCGAAGAAAAUGGCACUAUCAAAGGGGUGCUAUACAAAACUAAGACAGGCCAGGAGUUAGCGGCUUCAGCUCCCCUUACAAUAUUAUGCGAUGGUUGUUUUUCAAAUAUGCGACACUUUCUUAGCAAUCCAAAGAUUGAAGUCCCAUCCUACUUUGUUGGUUUGGUCCUGGAGAACUAUGAUCUUCCAUAUGCAAAUCUGGCGUUCUUUAUUUUGAAGGAUACACCAGUCGUAACUUAUCCUAUUGGCAGCAAUGAGAUUCGUUGUUUAGUCGAUGUAUCUGGCCCAAAAAUACCGUCCAUUUCAAAUGGUGAAAUGGCAAACUAUUUGAAAACGGUGGUGGCACCUCAGAUUCCACUUGAGCUAUACAAUGCUUUCAUAUGCGCAAUUGAUAAGGGCAACAUAAGAACAAUGCCAAACAGAAUCAUGCCUGCGUCCCCCUAUCCAACCCCUGGUGCAUUUCUGAUAGGGGAUUCAUUGAACAUGCGGCAUGCUGUAACUGGAGGAGGAAUGACUGUGGUGCUUUCUGAUGUUGUUCUACUGCGAGAUCUUCUUAGGCCUCUGAAUGAUCUUAGUGAUGCGGCUGCCACUUGCAAGUAUCUUGAAUGCUUUUACAUUCUGCGUAAGCCAACGGCGGUAGCAAUAAAUACAUUGGCAGGUGUACUACACACAGUAUUCUCUUCAUCAGAUCAGGAUGAAUCAAGGAAGGAAAUGAAACAAGCAUUCUUUAAUUAUCUGAGCCUUGGUGGUGUGUUCUCAGAUGGAUUAAUGGCGCUUUUGUCUGGUCUAAACCCUAACCCUUUGAGCUUGGUUUUCCACUGCUUUGGCAUGCUUGUCUAUGCUGUUGGCCGCUUAUUACUUCCAUUUCCUUCACCAAAACGCUUGUGGAAUGGGGCUAGACUAAUUUCGGUUGGAUUAGGCAUCGUCUUUCCCAUACUAAAGUCAGAAGGAAUUAGAGCAACAUUCUUCCCGGUAACCGUGCCAGCUUACUACAGAACUCCUCCUGUCCAAUUCACUGAUGACAUGGAAACAAGACAGUUUAUUAGACUCGAACAGGGAACGGUGACAUCUUUACUUGAAGAAAAUGGCACUAUCAAAGGGGUGCAAUAUAAAACCCAGACUGGUCAAGAGUUGGCAGCUUCUGCUCCACUUACCAUAGUUGAAAUCCCCUCCUGCUUCGUUGGUUUGGUCCUGGAGAAUUGUCUUCUUCCACGUGCAAAUCAUGGGCAUUUUAUUCUAAAUGACACACCAAUCGUAUUUUAUCCUAUUAAUGACAAUGAAAUACGCUGUUUAGUUGAUGUUCCUGGCCAUAAAGUGCCAUCCAUUUCAAGUGGUGAAAUGGCCGACUAUCUGAAAACAGUGGUGGCUCCUCAGACGCCGAUUGAGCUGUACGAUGCAUGCAUAUGUGCAAUUGAUAAGGGCGAUAUAAGAACAAUGCCAAACCGAAUCAUGCCUGUCUCUCCUUGUCCAAUCCCUGGUACAUUUCUGAUAAGAGAUGCCCUGAAUAUGCGGCGGCAUUCUUUAGCAGGAGGAGGAAUGACUCUGGCACUUUCUGAUACAGUUCUACUGCGAGAUCUUCUUAGGCCUCUGAAUGAUCUUAGAGAUGCAGCUGCCCUCUACAAAUAUCUUGAAUCCUUUUACAUUCUUCGCAAGCUGCAUGCUGUAUACACAAUCUACUCUCCCACGAAGGAUCCAGCAAGGAAGGAAAUGAAACAAGCAUGUUUCAACUAUUUUUGCCUAGGAGGUGUAUUUUCAAAUGGAUUAAUGGCUCUUGUAGCUGGUUUAAACCCUAACCCAUUGAGCUUGACUUUCCAUUGCUUUGCCUUUGCUGUCUAUGCUGUUGCCCGCGUAUUGCUUUCAUUUCCUUCACCAAAACGCAUGUGGAUUGGAGCUAAAUGGAUUUUGGGUGCACUAGGCUUCCUCCUCCCUGUAAUGAAGGCAGAGGGAACUAGAGCAACCUUCUUCCCGGUUACCAUGCCUGCUUACUACAGAACUCCUCCUCGCCGAUCUAUUGAUGAUUUUGAAACAAGAAAAUUGUGA